UUUGCUGGGUAUUUUUGCUGUAAUAGUUCCAUUGUUUCUAGUCCUUACACUGGACAUCCCAAGUCUCUGCACACUGUUUCCGUUUUCCGCUGAAGUCCCUCUGUAUUUUUUUUCUCCAAAUGCUCCAAUUUCCCCCCCAAUUUAAACUUAUUUUGCUCACCCUCCCCCUCCCUCCUCUACUCCUCAUCCACCCAGAACCAGUGUGGAGAUGAGCGAGUGUGAAUCACCGGAGCCUAGCCCCCAGUCCCAACCGGGGCUUGGAGCUUUAAUCGCGGACAGAGCUUUCUUGACUUCUCGGAAGGGUUUGCUGCUGGCCGCCGAGGUGCUGUUGUCCUUUAUCAUCUUCAUCUGCUACCUGGCAUCGUCCGUGGUCUUCCUCUUCACCGCGCCGCUCAUCGAGUUCCUGCUCGCUCUGACCGCAUACUACCUCUACGUGACCAAGUUUGUCGAGCGCUUUAAUGGCUUUCACUGCCCUCUCAUCGAUUUCCUCCGCUGCACCACCGCUGCCCUCAUCUUCUUUGCUAUCUCGAUUUACGCCGUCACAAUGAGUGGCGCGGGCUCGAAGGCAGCGGGCAUCUUUGGGUUCGUGGCCACCGUUGUCUUUGCCUUUGAUUUCUACGGCAUCUUCAACCAGCUGGUGAUCUUCAUCAACCCACAGGAGCUGCCCACCCACACCGCCACCAUCAGGAAGACCACAGGGGAAGAUGCGGUGCCUUCAGACUCCGACAGCGAGUGAACGGCCGGGACAGUUCGAUCCUCGUGUGCCCGUGAGACCAGCGGCAUGUCUACAACAAACCUCACCUGUGUAGGUCACCCCCACAGCCCCCCCUCCCUGUGGACAGUACAGGCUGGGAGGUUCCUCCCCCCUCACCCUGAUAACAGGUCAGAUAUGUCACUGUGUCAUCCACGGAUCCCUGUUGCAACAAUGACUCACUCCCAGGGAUCUACAGACCUGACCCACCCAGGUCAAUGAUCCCACUGCUCCGUGUGGUCCCAACUAUUCCUCUGCUGCCUGUCAGUGUUGUCUUUACAAGUCUCGCUCCUAACUCCAACUCACCACUACAUCAUGUUUGAGACGUGUAGUAGAUACGCUCUUGAUUCAACAGGAAGGUUUCACUCUGGUACGGGGGGGCAUCAGUGAUUCCUCACUCAUCCUGUGUUCCUCUGCAUUGGUGAGACCACAGGCAAAUUAUCCAAUAAAAUUAAUUUGUUCAAAA